AUGCAAGAGAGUCAGGGCCAGCAUAUGCAGCCGUUGCAGAUGCAGGCGCAGGCGCAGAGCCCGGACCAACAAAUCAGUAGCUCAGCCACUGGUGCUGCAACAUACCCAAGUGCUCCCGGCACCGGAACAGACAAGAUGAGCACCGCAGCAUCACAGCAAGACGCGGCCGGCUCUUCCGGGCCCGGCCCCGUCCCCAUCCCAGCGCCCGACGUGGCCGAGUCGUACGAGCAGCAGCACGUGCACAGCGUCUACGAGUCCAUCGCGCCGCACUUCUCGGCGACGCGGCACAAGCCGUGGCCCGUAGUAGCAUCCUUCCUGUCAUCGCUGGCCCCAGGCUCCGUCGGGCUCGACGUCGGCUGCGGCAACGGCAAGUACCUGGCCGUGAACCCAGCCAUACACAUCCUGGGCUCGGACCGCAGCGCCCAGCUCGUGCGCAUCGCGCGCGACCAUGGCGGCGAGCGCCGCGCCGACGUCGCCGUUGCCGACGGUUUGGCGCUGCCGUUCCGCAACGGGCGGGCGGAUUUUGCGGUCUGUAUUGCCGUGUUGCACCACCUUUCGACCAAGGAGCGGCGCGUCGGGGGCGUGAGGGCCCUGCUGGACGCGGUCAGGGAUGAUGGCGGGAAGAUAUUGGUUUUUGUCUGGGCGCUGGAGCAGAGGAGUAGUCGCAGGGGCUGGGACGAGGGCUCGGACCAGGACCAGCUCGUGCCGUGGGUCAUGAAGACGAAUAAGACGAAGCCGAAGCCGAAGAGCGAGGUGGAGGGGCAGGGGGAGGGCGACGGCGACGGCGACACGACGUAUCAGCGGUACUACCACCUGUACAAGAAGGGCGAGCUGGAAGAGGACGUCGUGGCGGCCGGGGGCAGGGUCCUGGACAGCGGCUACGACAGGGACAACUGGUGGGUGGUAGGGAGCCGUGGGGAACAAGCGAGCAUCACCAGCUAG